AUCUGCUUUCACUCAGCAUUGCUCACAUCAGUUAAUUUUUCGAAUUCGAAUGUUUUUUUUUUCAUUUGUGUGUCAUAUUUUGAGCAAUCUUUUUUUGUUUUUUCAAUAAAAGUGUUUAUUUUUUUUACCGAAAUUUUUCUUUUGUCCAGUUUAUUAUUGUCAUUGCAAACACUCUAUCAUUUUGAUAAUCUUGUUCAAUUGGUGUGUAUUGCAUAUUGUAAUUGGUUUUUGUAUUGAGAAUUGAAACUAAAUUUGCAAAAGAAAAAAUGAAAAAAUCACCAACUGAUACUUACGUAGAUAUUGAAUUAUUUCGAAAUGAUUUAAAAGAUAUUGAUUGGAAUUUUAUUGAAAACAUUGUUUCAAUUUAUAAAAUAUCCAUCUGUAAAAGAAAAAUUAAUUGUUUAUUAAUGACUAACGAUGCCACAUAUGCUUAUGGCAAAGAAAUAUGCAAAUGGUUAUCGUUGAAACAUAAUCCAAAACAACCACAAAAGAUUGAUAAUUUGAAUGGUAAAAAAAUUAUUCAAGUUGAUUCGAGUGAUGAAUUGGUUGUCGUUCUAACUGUUGAUGGACUAGUGUAUCUAGCCAGUGAAGAUUCUGAAUGGCAAACGAACAAUACUUUUCGAUUGAUCUCCACCGAUAAUGAUCGUUUUGAAAUGAUAGCAUGUGGAAGAUUACAUUUGUUAUUGUUACGACAAGAUGGUACUGUUUUUGCUAUGGGUGAUAAUUUUUACUGGCAAUUGGCCAAUAUUUCAGAUUCAUCGUAUGAUACUCUCGUGAACAUUGGUUUGAAAAAUGUUAAAACAAUAGCUUGUGGUUUAGUUCAUAAUCUUGCUCUUACCAAUACAAAUCAAAUUUAUUCAUGGGGCUGUAAUGAGAAUGCACAAUUAGGUCUAGGGGCCGUUGAUUUUGCUCGAGAAACACCCACUCUGGUUUCAUUUCCUGGUGGUCCUUUUAUUAGUCCGAUCAAAAAUAUUGCGGCUGGCAUGCAUCAUUCUUUAUUUUUAUUCGAGGAUGGUCAGAUUUUCCGAUGUGGUUAUGAUGAAUGUUAUAUUGAUGAUGAUGAUCAAAAUACAAUGGUGCCGAAAAAAUUACCGAUUGAAAAUGUGCUAAAUGUGGCUUGUAAGAAUGAUCUCGAAAUUUCAUUGGUUUUGGAUCAAUCAUCCAAUUAUUAUGUAUUGAAUGAUUUAGAUGAUGAAAAUGAAGAAUUGAAAAAAAAAGAAUUGGUCCAGCUCAAAAAAUUGGAUGGUCAACCAAAUUCAUUUGUUGCUGCAUCAUUAAUGGCAAUUCGAUCACCAAUCACUUUUGGGUUAACAUCAGCCAUAUAUACAUUCGAAACAAAUGAUCCAAUAUCAUUUAUUGGAUUAUUGGAUAAACCUGAUAAUUAUGAUGUUGAAUUUAUUAUCGGAGAUAAACGUAUAUUGGCAUGUAAAUGUUAUCUACGAAUGGUAUCCAAUUAUUAUAAUCGAAUGUUUUCAGGUCAAUGGCAAGAAAAUAAACAAGUGAUGAUCAAUUCCUAUAGCUAUGAUGCCUAUUAUUCAUAUCUAAUCAUGUUACAUACUGGUCAUAUCCGAAUCAAUCAAUUGAAUAUAGCCGAACUUAUUGAUUUGGCCAAUUGUUAUGGCGAUGAAAAAUUAAUGGAAAAUUGUAAAACAUUCAUACAAAGAGAUUUGAAUGAACGAACAUUAUUGGAUUAUUUUCCAUUAAUUAACAAAUACCAACUUGAUACAAUGCAUGACAAACUUGUUGAAUUAACUGUCGAAAAUAUUUUACCGAAAAUCGCUGAUAAUCUUUUGGAAAACAAAAAAAAUAUUAUGAAAUUUCUUGAAUUGAAUUUAUAUGAACAACAAUUUUUUCUUAAAAAAUAA